CACAGCCCGUGACCUCCCCGACAGCCCAGCUCAAGAUGGCCGUUUGAGUCUCCAGUAAAACUAAUCCAAGAGCUAGCUUCCCCGGCAACUUUAACUGUCAUUCUUGGAGAAUGAGACGACGAUACCGGCCACGUUUGCUCCUGUUUUGAAACGGAAGAUGAGCGUUAUUGUUGAAGACAACGUCGGGGCUAUGGAUUAAAAACGGUGCUGGAAUUGAAGGGGAUUGAAGGCCCUUUUGUUUUAGCCCAGCAUGGACAGCUUCUUCAAGGCAGCUGUAUGUGAUCUAGACAAACUGCUCGAUGACUUCGAGCUGAAUACAGAGGAACUUGAUUCCACGUCUGUUUUCCUGAAGCCCUCUGUUUACCCCUUCUCCUCCCUGGGCUCUCAGUGUUUGUCCUCAGAGGCGUCCACUGUCCCUCCAAGCCUCCCUGACCUCAACUCUCUUCACUAUGGUUCUGCCACUAGCUGCCCCGACCGCUCCGGCAGUCACAACCGCAACGCCGAUGACCGAGAGGUCAAAGGUCAGCCUCUCACCGGAGUGGACCUUCUCUCCUCUGUGGAUCGCGGGCCAGCCAAAAGCUCUGCCCCCCCCUGCCCCGACCGAGCUCUGAAGCCGGUCUGUGACCUUGUGAAUGACACGAGCUCGGCCAUCCUGGUCAGGGCCAACAGCCAUGACGCUUUCAGCGAGCUGGACGUGGUGGAGAAGCAAAUGCAGGAGGAGGAGGCGCUGCUUGUGGACUUUGACAGCCCCGUGGUCACGGAGGAGCAAGUGGGGGUUGGUCAAAGCCAAAGCGUUGGCUGUAGAGACACUAAGGAAGAGCAAGCGUCUGCAGGGAAAGACGAGCUGCUGAGUCUUGACUCCCACGAGCAGGCCGGUGGAUACUCUGCAUCACUCAGUCUGCUGGACGUCAUUCUCCCUGCAGCGGUGGAGAGGGGCUGUGAGUCUACAGAUGAUUCACCGUCACCGAGGACCACUGAGUCAGCUGACGGAGAGCAGAGGGACUGUGAGGAGGUGGCCUGUACAAACCAAGUCUGUGAACCAGAGGACGCUGAGAGCAUUAAAGAAGCAACAACAACAACAACAACCUCAGUUAAUAAAGAGGACGAGUCACAAGAAGCCUCAGAUAAAGGUGAGGCAGAGUCUCCUGCAGGUGAGCCAGUGGGCUUAUCGUGCCUGCCCAUAGCUGUGUCCAUGUGUGGAGCUCUGGUGAAACCAAAGACCACAGGAGAUGAGUCGAGACAAGCUUCAGAUCAGUGUGAUGAGUCAGACGUGUCCGAGAACACAGAGGCAGACUCCCAGUCGGCGCUGGAGGGCAGGGAGGAGAGAUCCUGUUUGAGGGAACCUGUGUCUGUGUCCCAGCAGGUCGCAGAGGACAGGCCGUCACCAGAGGGGCAGCACGUCUCUCUUGAACCUGCCUCUGCCGUCCCUUCUGCGGACCAGACCUCCAAUGAUCGAUCAGAACCCAGUCCAGUUGAACCUCCUGAGUUUGGGUUCAAUUAUCUGCCUGAGAGCGACCAGGCCGAGAUGCUGGUUACUGACGAAGAGUUAGAUGCAUUCCUGCAGGCGCACACUGAAGCAGAGCAGGGCAGAGGCGUCUCUGACUGCAGCGUUUCUGGAGAUUGCACACAACCUGAAAGUCUCUCUGAACCAAAUGGGGAUCUAGAGGACAGGCUUGUGGAAGAGGAACUGAGAAGCUGUGGUCGAGGUAGACGGGAAGAGCUGGAGGGUCUGGCUUCUCCAGAAAGUGACAGAACAAUGACUGUGUCUGUGGAAGGAAGUUUUAACCCUGGUGCUCCAUCACAAUCACAGGACUCUUGCGGACCUUGCCAAGAGGAGCCACAGCUCUCCUCUGGUGUCAGCCAUUCUCUGACCAGCAGCACUUUCCAGUCCCAGCACAGCAGUAGCCCCGAUCAGCAGCCCUCCUAUGGAGGUGCAAGACCGAAACAGCUACACUGCCAAACUGCAAGAUCUCCGCCGGCAGGGGAAGAAGAAGAAGGAAGAGGAGGAGGGGAGCAGCCUCAGGCUCUCGGGGGUUUUUCAAAAGGGCCAAGUUCAGCAGAGGAUGGAGAGAGUUCACCCGUAAGCCCAAGUCUUACAGAGGAGCAUUCCAACAUCAGGGAUUCCAGCCCUAUAUACGCCACUCAGGAGCACCAGGAUUACAGUGUGGGGUACGACGAACUCUCAGAGCCUCCACCUUACCCUGGGGAGUCACCCACAGAGGGAGCCAGGCCAGUGAACUGGAAGAGAGAGGGAGUGGAGGAGCUGGGGAGCAGGCAGCCCGCCUGGGUGCCGGACUCUGAAGCCCCCAACUGUAUGAACUGCUACCAGAGGUUCACUUUCACCAAGAGGCGGCAUCACUGUCGAGCCUGUGGGAAGGUUUACUGUGCCGUGUGCUGCAACAGGAAGUGUAAGCUGAAGUACCUGGAGAAGGAGGCUCGCGUGUGUGUCAUCUGCUUUGACAGCAUACACCGAGCCCAGGCCCUGGAGCGGAUGAUGAGUCCUACAGGUCCCAGCCCAAAUCCCAACGUCCCAUCUGAGUACUGCAGCACCAUCCCCCCUUUGCAGCAGGCUCGUGCUGCCGGCACUCUAAACUCACCUCCACCCACCGUCAUGGUGCCUGUGUCCGUUCUCAAACACCCAAACAACGACAGUUGUCCUCGCGAGCAGAAGCGCGUGUGGUUCGCCGAUGGCAUCCUGCCCAACGGAGAGGUGGCGGACACGACCAAGCUGUCGGUGACGAGCCGCAGGAGCUCCCAGGAGUUCAGCGCCGUCAGUCCAGAUCAAACCACACCUGGCCCAGCGGGGUCAGAGGUCGGAGUGGGUGGUUCCCCGACCCCCGAGGCCUCUGCAGAGGUGGUUCGACCUCCGGUGUCCGGACCCUGGGAUUACGCUCUGCUCUCUGGACUCGGCUCCUCAGUUAAGAGGGUUCCCACUCUGCUGCCAGACAACGAGGAUGAGCUCCCUCCUCUGCUCAUCACCACGGGCGAGGACGACGCAGGAGAUGUGUUGGUGGAGGAAAGUCCCGCCCCCUGCCAGAUCCUGCACCUAUUAGAGGAAGGAGGACCCCGACCUCUGACAUUUGUUCUGAACGCCAACCUGCUAAUCAACGUCAAACUGGUGACAUACGCCGGUCGGCAGUGCUGGUGUUUUGGCUCUAACGGUCUGCAGGCUCUGGGACAGAGGGAGUUGGUGUUUUUGUUGGAGUGUUUGCCGGAAGAAAAAACUCUUCCAAAAGAUCUCUUCACUCUCUAUCUCACCAUUUACCAAGAUGCACAGAAAGGGAAGUUUUUGGAGGAGCUGGACAACGUGACGUUCACAAGCAGCUUCCUGGGCAGCAAGGAUCACGCCGGGAUGCUGUUCUUCACUCACACCUGUCAGCCUCUAGAUGGCCUCACUCUCCCCUCGCAGCCCUUCCUGUUCGGCCUGCUCAUCCAGAAGCUGGAGGUUCCCUGGGCCAAAGUCUUUCCCCUCAGGCUGCUUCUACGGCUUGGAGCUCAAUACAGUGUUUAUCCCACUACAUUGACGAGUGUCCGUUUUCGGGACUCUGUGUAUCGAGAGACGGGACACACCAUUAUGAAUUUACUGGCUGACCUGAGGAACUACCAGUACAGUCUGUCAGUCGUGGAGGGCCUGAGGAUCCACAUGGAGAUGGGCCACAGUUACAUCGACAUUCCCAAAAGUAGCUUCAACGAUAUGCAGAAGGUGGUCAAUGCGUCGAACGAGCACGUCAUCAGUAUCGGAGCGCGUUUCAGCUCGGAGGCCGACUCUCACCUGGUGUGUCUGCAGAACGAGGAGGGAAACUAUCAGACCCAGGCCAACAGCAUGCCGGGGAAGACCCGCACAGUGACUGGGGCCAGUUUCGUGGUGUUCAACGGAGCGCUGAAAGCCUCCUCGGGCUUCAUCGCAAAGUCCAGCAUCGUUGAAGACGGGCUGAUGAUUCAAAUCCCUCCAGAGACCAUGGAGUCUCUGCGCUCCGCCCUGAGGGAGCAGACAGACUUCCACAUCCCCUGCGGCAGGAACGACGGAGGGGAUCUCCGAGAAAACGUCACCAUCCGCUGGGUUGACUGGAGUUCACCCGUCAACACGGGCAGAACGAGCGGUGUUGAUGGGAGACCUCUGGAUGGCGUCCACAGUGUGAGGAUGCAGCAGGACACAGAGUUCGAUUUGGACGGUCGAACCAUCAGUUGCACUGAGGUGUUCUACCAGCUGAAGAGUCCUGACUGCAGCCUUGCCUCAGUGCUGUCGUCCUGCAGCGUGUUUCAGAAGGAGAUGGCGUUGGCCACCUGCAGCGCUCUGAGUCCUCACCUCGCCGUUCUCACGUCCAGCGGCAUCAACUCCAUCUCUCUCCGCAUCUCCACGCAGGCUGAUAUGGUGGAGUACCAGGCCGGCUCCGCGGGCAGACUCCUCCCACAGCGCUACAUGAACGAGCUGGACAGCGCCCUGAUCCCCGUCAUCCACGGAGGCAGCGCGAGCGUCCCGCAGACGGCCAUGGACAUGGAGUUCAUCUUCUACAUCACACACACUAUCUAAUGCACAUGCAUCUAAAAAAAAUAAAAUCCACUUCACCGACGGUGGUUGAGCACAGAGCGAGAAGCUGACGAAUGUGGCGGGACGUGCUAACGCAGCAGCUAACGGUAAUGCACGGUCACAGAGGACACGUAGCCGCCGGCACAACAUUCCCUCUCCGAGGUCGGGGGUGUGAACUGAUAGGAUGAUGACGCGGUGUAUGUUUGUGCGUCUCGUGCUCACCAAAGUUGCUUUAAUAACAAGAAGCCAAACACUAAACAAGGAACACGACAACACGACCAAAUACAACCAGACUCUUCUUAGCGUUUUCCUCGGCUCUGCCUUCCAGGCUCCCCGCCGGCCGCCGCCGGCCCGGAGCACCUCAGUGAAUGUUUCCCACGGACACUCUAUGGAAAUGUCUCUCAUGUGGAUGUAUUUAUUAUAUUUUAAUACAGGCUUAUUGAUUGAAAGACGCGGGACAUUACUGACCGCCGUGUUCGGCGCUCGAGAGGUGAUUCGUGUGAUCAGGUGCUACUGUUUAGCCACUUUACAUCUGUAGCUGACCCCUUCUAAAAGAAACCACAUCUGCUGUCCUCUCUGAUCUCACCUCACCUGCUGGUCUGUGAUGGUACUGCACAGGAAAACAUUGAGCCUCAUGCAAGAACCUUUUUCUGUUCUCCCCUUAAACGUCUGAGUCGUUCUCCUGAGGUUCGUUCAAGCCAGAGUCAAAGAACCGUCAGCAGCGUAAUAACAGUCCAGUGUGAGUGACUGAUCGAUCAGUUUGACGGUUUAUCGGGAUCAAACCUCUGCACAGCUGUUUGUAACACUGUUUAACUCUUUUGCUGAUUGACCCUGAAAUUCAUCCACAAACUCAUCAUCCAAGAGUAAAAAAGUAAGAACUUCACACUCAGAGUUUUAUGUUUCCUGCUGUCGGACAUCAGCAUGACGAACGGAGCAGUGUCAGCAGCCGUGUUGAGGUUAAAUGAUUUAAAAGAAAAGGUCUAUGUUUAAGUGGAGAGGAGGUCAGAGGGACGUGGAGAUGAACGACAGACUGAAUAUACAGCAGGUGAUUUUAUCUGCUCAAUGCAACUGAAGUGUAGAAGAGUCUGAGCUAAAAGGUGCCAAUAAAAAGAAAAGAAAAAUUGGCGGCUGAUGAUGAUGAUGGUGAUGUGGUCAAAAGAAUAGUUUAUUUUAGUUGGUAUCCGUAGGUUAUUUAAACUCUGACAUUUAUAAUUCUAAAGGAAAACUCACUCGUACGUGUCGCUUCAGAACAGAUCUGUUGGUAUGAGAGGUUCUUGCAUGAGGCCCAGUGUGUGUCAGCAACGGGUCUCGGGUUCAGACGUAGUCCUGGUCCUGGACUUCAUCCACCGGCUCCUCGCCACGAGAGGCUCAGUGUGGCCGACGCGUUGGUUCUCGGCCAUUCGGAGCUUCCACUUCAUCCACAAGUGAUUUUGUAAAAACCGAAUGUGACUGGUUUGUUUGAGAGUUUCGGAGGGUUGGAUGACGGAGUUAACGUCCUGCUCCGAACUUAAAUCAGUUUUAAAAACUAAAGCUUCGUUACCUUUUACGUUCCGACUUAUUGACUGAGCAGCCGUUGGUCGAUGAGCGGCGGCGCCCUCUGUCAGUGUUGACCAGUGUUCAAGCUCAAAUACCAAUGAUUUUCUUUACUUCAGGAGAUUUUACAUGUGUUCUUCAAUGUUUCAGUCUCUGUUAAAUGAUCGAAUUUUGCACAUUUUCUGGCUGUUAAAGCUUUUUGCAAAUCAUCUCACACUUUUUUUUUAAUUCUAAAGACUUAAAAAUGAUAUAAAAUGCAGCUUUUUAAUGGAACAUUGUGGGAAAUAUGAUUAUUAUUCGCUUAGUUACCAAGAGUUUGUGUUUUUACAGUAAAUAUGAAGCUACAGCCAGGAGGCAGCUUAGCUUAGCUUAGCUUAGCUUAGCAUAAAGACUGGAAACAGAUGGAAACUGCUAGCCUGGCUCUGUCCAACAAUAAAACUCAAAACACAAAUUGAUUUGAAUUAACUUUUUUCACCUUUGGAGCCAGGCUAGCAGUUUCCCUUUGUUUUCAGUCUUUAUGCUAAGCUAAGCUAACCAUCUCUUGGCUGUAGCUUCCUACUUGGGUCACAAACAUGAGAGUGGUAUCGAUUUUCAGGUCCUGAUUGGAGCAGGAAGUAUUUGACUUCAGAUUUCUGGUUUCAUGUUUUAGAUGUAUUCAGGCACUUUAGUUCCAUUAAAGCAGGAGACGGAGCUGAGGUGUGCAGGUCGGCUCAUCCAUAAAUGUAAAGCUCGAUCAGAACUGCCAGUUUCCUCGUAUAAAAGCUGUGGUGACACGAGGGUGUGAUGGUCAGAAGAUCAUGGAGAGGUUUUCCAUCCCUGUAAAAACAAAAAACAAAAGAUGAAAAAGAACAAGCAACCAGGUUAGCAUGCGCUGUUUAAGUAGCUUUGUGCUUUGUCCCCAUUAUCGAAGUCAGGUCUCUGUUUUCACAUCUCGUCGCCUUUGUCCCAACAUAUAUAUGAAUAUAAGAUGAACUGUAUGCAUAGAGAUUGUAUCAAAGGUUUCUUUUUGUUUUUUAAAUACUGAAGAGUUAUUUUUGGAAUCAUUGGUAUAAAAGUUUUAAAAAGACGGAAUAUUUUUGAUAGGAUGUAGGCCACGUUGAUUUUGCAGUUUGUGUAGCAGGUUCCUUCCUUGAGCACUGAGAGGAAAAAAAACAAACUAUAGACUCUUAAGCAAAUCUGAUAUUAAAACGUUUUGUCAUAAAGUGGAAAAUAUCUAAUCCCACAAUGCAACAUAAAGUGCUUUAGUUUGAGAUGAAUGUUAAAGUAAAGAUGUACAAAUUUUAAAAACAAAAUAAAAGCUCUAGUUAUUUUUACCUUCAGCAGCCAAAACAUCCACGACUUAACGCUCAGACUGCUCGUUGACGAAAUCCACAAAGUGAUUUAUCAUUUCUUCAUAUAACACGAGUGAAUGUGGCUGUUUUUCUGACUCGUUAAACUCCAUGUUUAGUCGUUAAACAGCUCAUUUAAUUAAUUGUUAAUUGCAUUGACUGGGUGUAAAAUCAAAUGUCAAAUUUUCUGGAGGGAAAAAAAAAAACUAAUGUUUAAUUUAGUGACUAAUUAUUUUCUUUAUGUACAAGAAAUUUUUAAAGGAUCAUUUUUCUUUUCUUCAUCCGUAUAAACAGCUGUUUUUUUUUUUUUUUUUCUGGAAAAAAAAAUAGAAAAAUUAAUUCCCUUCUAAAAAUAUUUUUUCACUUGCCUCUCAAGAGUUAAAGGAAAAAAAAAGAAAUUCUACCAAGAAAGAACAGUAACGCUUCAUAACUUACUAACACACAUUAUAUAUUUACCUCGUGUUUGUGCAUGGAGAAACUAAAAGUCACCUGGAGGGAAACAUGAAGGCGCACUUCUCCCUCUUGUGGCCGAAAUCAGUAUUACAAAAGCAAACACACAAAACAACAUUUCUUGGUAGAAUUAUUAUUAUUAUUAUUUUGGAAAAAAGUUUCUUUUUCGUUUGUAAUAAAAACCCCUGAGAGGCAAGUGAAAAAUUAAUUUUUUUGGGGGGGGCGGGGUCAUUUAUUUAUUUAUUUUCCCCCUCAAAAAAGAAAAUCCCUCGCCUCUUGGGAUGUUUAUACAGAUGAAAACAAAAGCAGAAAAAUAAUCCUCUCAUAAAAUUAAAGAUUUCACUUCCAUACAGUUUCCUCAGUAGAUGUUUAGUGAAACAGUGAAAAGGCCGAAACGUCUGAACUGUGUUUUGAGACGUGGUCACGUUAGCGACGACGCUUCUCCAUCUGGCAGGUGAAAAUACUUUUUCUUUUUGUUUGUUUUAUUGUUGAGGAACCCGAGUGAAGACCGAGGCCUGUUUGAAGGGGAAAGGUAACAUGUUUCACCUGCUGUGUAAAUAACCUUUAAACCGAUGGUUUCUGAACAGCUGAUUGAUCUCGACUAAAGUACACACACUUUGUCUUCACCGUCUGAACUUUGGAGCGAUGGAAACAGGAUGAUUAAGUUUAGGGUUUUUUGUUUUUUUCACAUUCUCUUUCAGGGCAGUCGAACUUUGGAAGGUAAAUAAUUCUUAUUUUCUUUCAAGGGUGAUUAAAACAACUUUCCACUAUGUCAGAAUGAGACGUACUUUUAUGCUUUAUGGUUGUUUUUGAAGUGUUGUUAUGUGUAAAUCAUCUAUUUAUUCAUAAGCACCAGCUUUAUUUUGGUGAACCUGGUAUCUGGGUCCUAAUCAGUUUCUGAAGAGCUUGUGUAUUUAAGGAAUAAAAUGAGUUUUAUGAAACAUG